GCAGCAGUGUUUCGCGACGGAGGCACCAUUUCGAAAGGGGACCAAAAAAUAUAGAUAAUAUUCUCUCAGUGACGGUAGUGAUUCGAGUAUUCUUCACUGGAUUUCGUGAUUCGCAACGAUUGAACAGAGAGCUAAGAACCGAGGAUAGAAAUGAUGAGAGCAUCCCUUGUAACGAUAUUGGCCGUGGUGGCUGUAACACAUGGUGCCUUCAAUUGUCCAAUUAAAGAUGGUCAGUACGAGGAUUCAAAGCAAUGCGACAAAUACUAUGAAUGUUCAGACGGCAUAGCGACGGAGAAACUUUGCCCAGAUGGGCUUGUUUUCGAUCCUCUGAACCGUAAAGUGAACAAAUGCGACCAUGUCUUCAACGUCGACUGUGGGGACCGUCUUGAACUACAACCGCCUCAGCCAACCAAGAAGUGUCCACGACGGAACGGUUUCUUUGCCCACCCAGAUCCAUCCGUCUGUAACAUUUUUUACAAUUGCAUCGAUGGCGAGGCUAUUGAAAUCACUUGCACCACUGGAUUGCAUUUCGAUGAAUAUAGUGGCACUUGUGUGUGGCCUGAUAGCGCUGGACGACAAGGAUGCGGAAUAGUGGGCAAGAAAUUGAAAGAUGGCUUCGAAUGUCCGAAAGAAAGUCAAGUCGACACUAGAGGAAUGGUUGUCGAUCAUCCUAAAUUUGCUCACCCAGAUGACUGUCAAAAAUUCUAUGUUUGUCUGAAUGGUGUAACACCACGCGAACAAGGUUGUAGCGAUGGUACUGUUUAUAACGAGGAACAACAAAGAUGUGACGCGCCUGAAAACGUUCCCGGAUGCGAGGAUUGGUACAAGGACGAUGAAAAGAAACCAUGAACCACCUUCUAAAUUUAUAUGUCCCGCAUCGGGAUUUUAAUAUCAUCCUGAAAUCACAUCAUUCUCGUUUCGUGUGUAACCAUGUGUGUGUUUAGAAUGUUCAUAAAUAAUAAAUUCAAUUUUACCUUAUUCCAUCGUGAUUCCCCUCUUCACAUCCAAAGUUGUGAAUAAACCUUAAAUGAAAUAUGAAUACAUCAUGUAAAUAGAUUUUAUUUGUUCAUGUAGAUAUGAAUAUAAAAACAUGAAAUAUUAUUCAGUUUUCUUUCGUAAUCGACGAAGCGAAUCGAUGGUAACUUUCUCCUGGAUAUUUUAUUAUUUCUUCUUUUUAAAUUCAGUCAGCAAACAACUUUCGUGUUUAUGUACUUUUUAGAAACAUGCGAUAAUAACUUGUU